CUUAACCCACAGGCCUACCCGAGUGUAACAAAGCGUAUGGUUUUAUUGUGAAUAGGAUAUCGACUAUUUAAACCGAAGAAUCCCAUCUACAGAUAGAGAACUAGGAGUUAAUGUAUUACUGAUAGUCUAUAUCUUUGGAAAUAUAUAAAAUGUAGAAAAAUGAUGAAAAGCAAACGACAAAAUAUAUUUUUAAUUUUCGUUUUAACGUAUUUUAUAUCUUCUACGAACGGAGGCAAAAUUUUUGACCGUGUAAAAAAUAUUAAUAACAAUUUGAUAAACAUUAAAGUGAAAAAAGAAUUUCGAGAAUUGCGGAUUGCAUUUAAAGGAAUACUUGUACUUGAAACUUCGGCUUUUCAGAAUUCGUCGUAUGAGUUAAAAUUUCGUCAGCUGACAAAUGGACGUGAUUUAAUUCAACUUAUUUUACAAAAUGGAUUUAUAAAAGAUUGUGAAUAUUCCAGAGAACCAAAACAAAUUCUGCAGUUUAUUGAGAAAUUUUCUGAAUCGGAUGAUAUUUUCAAGCCGGAAACAGUUGAGGAAGGAGAUGCUUUCAAUUUAUAUCACAGCGGCGAUAUCUCUAAUGGCACGUCUGCCAUCCACCAUUUUCAUCGCCGGAAAGAAUUAAAAGAUUUUAGGAGUUUCGUAAAAAUAAAAAAAGCUAUGAAACUAUGUAAUGAAUUUGUAAGAGAAACAUUGGAACAAAACGAUAAGUACAACAGUUUUCAGUACAUUCGGGUCAAAAAUGGAAUGCGUCGGGAUGGAAGAGCCGUGAAAGACGUACACGGGAUAACACAUAAUUUACCUCACGUAACAGAGGGAGGCAGACGAAACAUGGAUAAUCCAGUUACUGAACUCAACAGACGGAAGCGUUCUACAGUUAACCAAUUCUUAAUGUUUCCUGGAACAAAAUGGUGCGGACGUGGACAGACUGCUCUUCACUAUGAUGACAUUGGAGACGAUCGCGAGGCCGAUGUUUGCUGCAGGGACCAUGAUUGCUGUCCGGACCUGAUUCCUAGUUUUUCUACCAAAUAUAACUAUUUCAACUACCGUUUUCAUGCCAUACUUCAGUGUGAAUGCGAUGAAAAAUUCAGACGGUGUUUGAAGCAGUCGUAUUCUCCAAUGGCAAGUUUCAUUGGGCGUAUUUACUUCAACAUAAUGGGAUCCAAGUGUUUCAAUCUGAAGAAAGACGUUGUAUGUGUAGAAAGGUCUUGGUGGGGAUAUUGUUUGAAAUAUGACGAAGAACCAGUAGCUCAAAUCAAAUCUCAGGAAUCAUUUAACUGUUUCUAGACUUUGUUUGCAAAGUCAAUGUACGGAAAGUGGAUUUCAAGAAUGGUCCUUUACUGGUAUAGGCGAGACGAAACCGAUAACAUGAUAGUCGUGUUGUUUUAACUUUUUGGUGUACAGAUUAAGUCGUUGCGACGUCAAAACCGUUAAAAGGUUCGUAAAGAGCAUACACCAGCCAUUUGAAUGGUCGCAUACAUCAAUCAACCUUUUGUUUCGCAUUUUCCAUACAUUGUAAAUUGCUAAUUUUUACUGAUUCCAGAAAUCGGCCAGUACAUAGUUAAUAUUGCAUGUUUAAGUAUAUGUACUAAAUAACUUAAAACUACUUUAUUUAUUUAUAUGAAUUAAAUUUAAUAGACAUUAUUAAACUAGGACACAUGUUGCACUGAAUUUUCGUAUAUCUUAUAAUCGUCUGUUUUGUAUCAAAAUAAAUUUCGAUCAGUUUCAAUAUACCGUAUUUAUUAUGUUCAUUCUUAUUCAAAACCCAGUCAAGGGAAAGAGAUAGAUUUCAUAUGU